AUGGUUCAGUCAGCACCCAGAGACAAGGCCGGCAGGACGAUGACGCAGCUUCGCGAAGGCGUGAGCGAUGGGCUGGGCGCCCUCAAAUUGGCGCUGUCGACAACGGCCCCGAAGCUGCUGGUGUCGUGGCUCUAUGUGCCCGUCGGCAUCAUGGUGAUGCUUGCAUUUUGUUUCGCCGUCCACGUUGGUCUGCGUGCCGCAGGCGUGUCUUUUCUCUUCAUCUGUCGCUUGCCUGGUGCUUUUGCGGGCUGGUCCCUUCGCUGGAUCAACGUCAUGUUUACGCCGUCUUUCAUCCUUUUACCCCUGAGUCCAGCCAUUGGAAUCAUGGAAGUUCUGAAGAUCAUUGCUGUGUUUCUUUUGGGCUUCCUUGCCAUGAUGGCCCUGGCUGCAUAUCUCACGCGUGGCAUCCAGCUUGUCACCGGUUCUUCAAAGCGAGCCAUCGCGGAGCGUGCUGAAGAGAUGGGGAACGAGACGGAUGAGAUCCCCUUGGCUGCAGCACCUCGCGGCGAAGAAUCAUCGUCGGCGCCAACAUCUGCACCCAUUUCAGCUGUCCCGUCGUCCGUAUCUUUGAACACCCUCGCCCCCUUGCCACCUUCGCGCAACGCCUCUCAUGUUUUUCUCUCGGACACUCUACGCUCCGGUGGUCACCAUCUGAACGAGACUUCAGCUCUCAAUGUCUCUCCCUCGCUGCCGCCGCAGGUUCCCCUUCCACAUCCACGGACACAGAUCUGGGCCGCUUGGCUCACCCACCACAGCGACCACCUCACAUACGGUGCCCUCUUGCUCCAUUCCCCUGAGCUGGCGUCAAUACAUCCACCCGGUCCUCGUCACAGCCCUCAUCAGCGUCCUCACUCUCUGGGCGCUCGCCGGCGGCGGCCCCUCUCCAAAGCCCUGGCCCCCUACCGAACUGGCGCCACUUACCUCCGCCUCUGGUCCGGCGACGCAACGUCCGCCCUCCCCGGCGCCGGCGACAUGCUCGCCACCGUCCUCGACGCCUCCAUCGUCUCUCUCGCGCUGCCCAUGUACCAGUACCGCCGCGAGCUGCGCGCCCACUUCCUCGCCAUCGUCCUGCCGAACCUCGUCCUCGCCGUCGCGAGCCUCUUCUGCUACCCGGUCGUCUGCUACGCCAUCGGCAUCGAGGCCCGGCGCGCCCUCGCCUUUGCGUCGCGAAGCCUGACCCUCGCGCUGGCAAUCCCGGCAACAGAGAACCUAGGCGGCGACGUCAAUGCCGUGGCGGCGCUGGCCAUCUUCAGCGGCAUCGCGGGCGUUCUCAUCGGGGAGAGGAUGUUGCGCUGGAUGCGGAUUCCGGAGGACGAUUAUGUCACGAGAGGUGUCACGCUUGGGGCCAACUCGUCGGCGAUUGCCACGGCCGUGCUAUUGAGGACGGACCCCCCGCGGCGGCGCUGUCGAGUCUAA